AUGGCUUUUGAUGGUGCUAAUAACGUUUUUCUAAGCUUUAGCGGCGAAGAUACUCGUCAUUCUUUUACGGAUCAUCUUUAUUACGCACUAAAGAGAGCAGGAAUUAGUACUUAUAGAGAUAACGAAGAAAUCAAAAGAGGCGAAAAACUGAUGCCGGAGAUCAAGAGAAUAAUCAAAGAAUCUAGGGCUUCGGUAGUUGUAUUCUCAGAGAACUAUGCAACUUCAACUUGGUGUCUCGACGAGCUUCUCCUGAUCCUGGAACAAAGAACGGAGUGCAAUCACUUUGUUCUACCAGUUUUCUAUCACGUCGAUCCUUCUGAUGUGAGGAAGCAUAGAAAAACAUUCGCUAUCAAAGUCAAAGCUUCUUCAAGGUGGACAGAGCAUAACGUGAACCUGUGGAAGAAUGCUCUCAAAGAGGUUGCUGAUUUGGCAGGCAUGGUUUUUGUCUGGAUCGGAAAACUAGGUGAAUUAGUAAUUACUUUGAUCGAAAAUUUAAUGAAAAUGAUGCAACUUAAAAGCGAAUCAGUGUCUGAAGCAGAGUUUCUGAAGGAAAUUGUUGACGUCAUUUACAAUAAACUGGAUCGCAAAGAAGUUAAUCUUCCAACCAAUGUAACAGGGAUGGCUAGUCGAUAUGCGAAGAUUAGUAUGUGGUUAAAUCAACCCAAUGUUGAAUUUUUAGCAAUUUGCGGCAUGGGUGGAAGUGGCAAGACAACGCUGGCCAAGUAUAUUUACAAUUUAAAUUGGAGAACUUAUGAAAACAUGAGCUUUGUUGAAGGCAUUGGCCACAAAUGUGAAGGGCCUGAUGGUUUGCGUAUGCUACAAGAACAACUUCUCACAAGUAUUUUAGGAGGUAAGAAAAGGAAAAUACCUAGUGUGUUUGAAGGUACAUGGGAGAUUAAGGAGGCCUUACAAACAAAAAGGUCGCUUAUUGUUCUUGAUGACAUUGCUGAAGAAAGUCAGUUAAUUGCUUUACUUGGAAAUGGGAUGAUUAAUGCACAAACCAAGAUUAUAAUAACAACCACCAGGGAAAAUACGGAUAAUUGGUUUAAGUCCACAAACUGGAGAUGUCAAGAUUAUAAAAUGGAACUAUUGAAUGAUGAAGAAUCAUUAGAGCUUUUAAGCCAUCAUGCUUUCGGUUCCAAAGUCCCCAUGGAUGGUUUCGAGGAGCUUGCAUUUCAAGCAGUACAAUAUUGUGAAGGAAAUCCUUUGGCUCUUGAAGUAUUGGCUUCUUCUCUAUCUGAUAACAAUACCAUCUUACAUUGGAAAAGCCAAUUGAAUUUGCUGGAAAAAGAAAUUGAUUCUAGAAUUCAAAAUACAUGGAUUAUGUUGUAA